CUCAACAACUCGUGAUGUGAUUUAUUUCCGCCCGUAUUGCGUUACAAAUCAUUUCAAGAAAUAACUAAUAAUCGUAAUUACAAAUGUAUCGCAAUUCGUAAUGUAAAGUAGAUACAGCUAUGGAGAAUUAAAAGAGAACUCACAUCGGGAAUAAAAAAACUAAAGAAAAACAAUUUGGUUCUGCGGUUUCGAAGGUGAUGUGAUUGAUCUGUGAACUGUCCAAUCAUCAGCUUAGCUCUUGUGUCCGAGCCAAUCGGAGAGCAGAAGGCGGGACUUAGGAGGAACAAUACGCCUGUCAAAUCCAUGUUGAUAAUAAACCACAUGAUGGAGAGACGCCUGGAGCUCUGAUUUACACCGCGAUUGUAGCUGCUAUAUAUAGGAUAUGAUGAAGGAGGACGACGAUGGAAAGAAAAACAAAUUCCUUCAAAUCUUUUCUGGUCCACUGAACAUCUGCAUUAACAUCUGCGCUUCUGGAAUUUAGCCCCCAAAAAAAAAACAAAAACAAAAAAAAAACACAAUGGACAGUAAACAGAGGGAGAAGACGAGAAGCGGAUACUUCUGCAACGUCAAGAGCAGGCUGGGCACCAGGCUGCCGCCAGGCUUCACGCAGACUCCGGGUUUUGCCUCCGUGAGCGCUAACGUGGGUCAGGAUGAUGCUGAUACGGGACGCCAUCACAUACGGAACCCCAAACUGAGACAGUAUUACCUCAAAGAAACUGCUUUUCCAUCUGACAUGUUGACAACAAAGACACUGCAGUCUGUAGUAGAAUCAAGCAGGAGUGAUGAGCGAGCGGUUCAUCACGAGGACACAGUGUUCAGUAUAGCCUCUCGGUUUAGUGGCAGAUCAGCAGAUUCAACUUUAAUGACACAGAGAUUCUCAGCGACGCUCUCUGACCCUGUGUCUGAGCCCAAAGUGGAUGCAGUGACCCCGACGACCCCCAUAUCUCCAUCUACAGACGCAGAGUAUGACAAGCUGCUGGACGUGGAGGCGGUGUCGUUGCCUGACGGACAGCGCUGCCUGUUAGCACUGCCCCCAGAGUGCACACAGGGGGCGGAGUCAGCGGGCCUGCCGUGUCUGAAGCUGUUCUGUCGCUUCAUCACCGACCGGAAAGGCGUGGUUUCCGGUAUUCUCCUCGUAGCAGCCAAUAAGAUGUUCUUUGACCCGUAUAAGUCCCUCCCCCUGGUGCAGGAGAACGGCUGUGAGGAGUAUCUCUUCUCCUGCUCGGUGGACAACCUGUCGUCCGUCACCUUCUUCUCAGACAUCUCCAACGUUCACUUCAGCAGGUCCACACAGAGGUGGAAACGUCGUAAGAAAGCGUCGAAGUAUAAAAGUGUGAAAGAGCACAUCAGCGCACCUCAGUCCGUGAUGGAGGCAGCGGCGGCUCCGGUGUCUGUCGUGACGAGUGAGCUAGAAACGGAGGUGUGUGACAUGGCGGAGGACGAGGUCGGGGAGAGCAGGGACAUGGACGAGGUGGAGAGACAGCUGGAGCAGCUCGCGCUGGAGUUUAACAACAGACAACAGCUGUGUCCAGGAAAGAAGCUUUCAGGACACAACAGCAGAACCAGCUCGAUGAUGUUUCUGAGGAUGCGUCAGAAGCCCCAGCUGAUGAAGAAAAAGGGUUUUGGGAUGCCUGAGAUAAGAAAAGCUAAAACAGGAGCCUGCAGAGACGCCUGGUUCAUCCUGCAGCAAGAGAGUUCAGACGAGUUGUACGCCUUCCUGAGCCAACACUGGCCGGACCUGUGUAUCCUGGAAGGAGGAGGCGAGGAAGAGGCAGCAGAGCGCGAUGAAGACGACUUUGUGAUUCUCAGCGAAGGAGAAGAGGAAGCAGAGGAAGCGGGCAGAGACGGACGCCCCGGAGAGGAGUGGGAGAUGGUGUGUGUAGAGGACAGCAGAAUGAAGGAGUCUCUCUCUAUAGACAAAGAACCUGAUGGACUGAGUGACAUUGUGAAGCAGAGCCUCAUACUGAACACACAGCACGUCCGAGAGCUGUCGAGCGAGCUACCCCCUCGUACCGUGGGCAACUCGUGGAGAUUAACCUACAGCACCAGCAAACAUGGCGCCAGUCUCAAAACGCUCUACAGGAAGCUGAGCACCUCGGACUCGCCCGUUCUCCUCCUCAUCCGAGACGACAAUGAGCAGGUGUUCGGAGGUUUCCUGUCUCACCCUUUGCACCCAAGCGACACGUUUUACGGUACAGGAGAGACCUUUCUCUUCCUCCUUCACCCUCGAUUUAAGUGCUUCCGAUGGACAGGUGAAAACUCCUUCUUCAUUAAAGGUGACCUCGACUCCUUUGCCGUCGGCGGUGGAAGUGGACACUUCGGCCUGUGGCUGGACGAGUCUCUGUACGUGGGCAGGAGCAGCCCGUGUUACACCUUUAACAACUGCAGCCUGUCUGAGAAGAGCGACUUCCGGGUGCUGGAGUUCGAGGCCUGGACCUUCUGGUGAUCUGACGCUUCGUCGGAUUUGAGCCGGAAAAGGGCCGAGCGGUGACGGAGCGAGAACGAGAGCAGAGUAAAGACUGAUCUGAGGAGAUCUUUAAGGUCUGAGGAGCUUCUGAGGAGGAAAAGCAAUACUGGAUGGAUUCUCUGCAUAAGGAGGACUUCGAUACUGAAUACGUACAAUGCUAACGCAAAAACAAUAACAAUGACGUCAUACAGUACAUUUAACAUUCGCUCGUGGAUCGAAGUCCCAUGUGACCUCGAUGAAAGACGAUAAGUAGCAAAGCUAUAAAACAAUGAGAAGUUAAUAUUAAUAUUCUCACUUUCACGUCUUUCAGUGUUUAAACAAACCACCAUGGAAUAGCUUCUGAGCUACGUUUGUACGGUGCGUUUCCUUUUGAAACAGGAAGUUGAACUGCAUGACUGGUUUACACACCCACUAGCCAAUCGCGAUAGAGAUAAGCCCAACACCACGACUGAAGUCGAAAUAUAUAUAAAUCGAAAACAUCCCUUCCAAAAAAAAGUGAAAAAUUAUAAAAUGAAAAUUAAUUAAAAAAUUAAUUAAAAAAAACCAAAACAUUAUUACGAUAAUUUAAGGCAUUAGACUUAGGUCUCCUAACAAAACUUCCCUAUAAUUUGUAUUUGUAAUACAGAAGUCCAGAAAGACAAGAGGUUCAUUUUUAUUUAAAUUUUUUUUAAUAAUUUACUAAAAUUCAACAAUCGUACGCCGUACGACGCGCAGUAAAAUGCUUUAUUUUUGUAAUGAUUUGUAAAUUGUUAACCGUUAUUAACAUUAAUUCUAUUUAUUUAUAAUGAAUUAAAUUUAAAUAAAUACAUUAAUAUAAUAAAUAAGAUGAAAACAUUUAUAUUUUUUAUUUAUAUAAAUAAUUGUUAUUGUUCAUUAUUCAUCUUUAUUUAUUAAAUAAUUAUUUAAUUAAUAAUUCUAUUAGUAAAAUCAUGCCAUUUUGUUAUUUGGAAUGAUUUUUUUUUUUUUUUUUACACAUUUUUUUUUUUUUUAAAUCUUUGUUAAAUGUAUUUUGGAUGUUUUUAAUCAAAGAAUCGCCGUAACGCCGUUAUACAAGAGUAAGUCUCCGGUCGCUAAGAUGCUAGUCAUGCUAGUAACGCUAAAUAAAAACGAGUACAGAAAAAUGUAUAACUCACGACCUUUCUGGACUCCUGGAAUUGAUGCUAAUGUUAUAUAAUGUUUUCAAACAUAAUUUAGAAAUUAAACCAUUUUAAAGAUUUAAAACUGGAUUAAAGUUCAAAUCUGAUUAAAUUUUA